AUGUCGCAAAUGGCCAUCCUGUCCUGGCGCUGGGACGGCGAUCUUCACAGUUCUCAAAAUAUCGCCAGCGCAGUACACCUUGCCAAGGCUAUGUCUAUCAAGUACCUAUUCGUUGAUCAGAUCUCUAUUGACCAAACCCUGGACGGUGACGCCCUAAUCGAAAGGGUUCUGGCAUUUUCGACAAUGUACAAGACAAUCACCGUGAUAGUUGCAUACGACAAGGCCGAUGAGGAUUUCGAAAAGACCGUUUACCGCCCGUGGAUCUUCAGUGAGAUGCGACUCUACCGAUACAACCCCGGCCAAAUCAUUUAUGUCAGGCAUUCUAAUCAGGGCUCAAAGCGCAACUACGAUAUCUUCACGGUAAUACCCCCUAUUCUCGGAGAUCUGUGGUCUUAUGAUUUUGGUAAACACCUCGGCUUGAAUUGGGCAGCGACCAUCCUUGAGACUAUUACCCGUGUUCUUUGCGAAGACAUUGAAAUGACGUCGAUUUAUGAUUUCAAGUUUAUCAUGCCACCAUACGCUCGCGUGUUGUCGACGGCUUAUGAGACUAUGAGCCGAAACGACUACCUCUUGACCGCUGUCCUCCUUUGUGGGAGCCAUGAACGGCCCAGUGUCCGGCUGUGCUUGGACAUUAAUGAAAUGGACUAUAAACGUUACAGAUUCAGUUCACAGCAGUGCUGGACGCAGAAGGGGUCAUUCUCAAAGCGCUUGGGCUUACUGAUCCCGAGAUUUCUGAAAGAAUAUACCCUAGAAAAGGAGGCACGACCGUCCUGUCUUAUGCGGCCCGGGGAGGAGACAGUACCACUACCCACUGUCAGAAUUAUUUCUGUGACACUCUAG